AUGGCUCCUGUGCCUGACUCACUGAUUGCUUUCCUGGAAGCUGUCGUGAGUGUACCGCCCCUGAACGAGACAGUUUCGGAACAGAAGGUACCUUCGGUGGAGGAUUUCUUGUCUGAGGAGAAGGUCUUGUCAGUCGACGAAUUCUUGUCCGCAACAGAGGUGCCUUCACCAGAGGACUUCAUCUUCGGAGGACAGGCGGCAGUGUCUGCCGAAGCAGCGCCUGUCCCAAGCACGCAGCAGGUACCAGCAGUGGCUGAGAAGUAUCCCAUCUACCUUUGCAUGUAUGAUAUUUCCCAUGGCUCUGCAGCCCGCUGGUCAAAGAUCAUAUUGGGAACGGAGCUCAAGGCGAUAUGGCACACAGGACUUGAGGUUGUGUGGCCAGACCGAGCAUGUGAGUUUUGGUUUGGGCAGCAUUUCCGAGAGUCCCAGCCAGGGCAGGAGGCUUAG